CCCUGGUUAAGACCAACCCCUCCAUCUCCAUGCAUCUCCAAUGAACAACAACUGGCAGCUCUCCGUGAUCUAUCUAUCUCCUUCCGGUAGCUUUUUUUGCAUUGGCCUUGCAAGUGCUUUAUUGCUAGAGUAGCUGCGCUUGCAUUAUUAACUAGAUAAGUUAGUGAUGGAUCUCGCGACGACCCCGGCGCGGCGGCGGCCCAUGGAGCCUGGACUGGCGCGGCGCCUGUGGCACGUGGUGGUCGCCGUGUGCCACAUACUGCGGCGCGGCCUCUCCCCCAAACGCAUCAUGAUGGACGUCCACCUCCUCCUGGGCCGCGGCAAGCUCGUCGGGAGGACGCUGCGCGGCCACCUCGCGCACCCGUCGUCGGGCCACCACCUCGCCACCUACGGCGCGUCGUCCUCGUCCUCGUCCACGCUAGCCUCGUUCUACGGCCACCCGCGGGAGGUGGAGUUCAGCUGCGCCACCACGCCGUCCUACCCGCAGCAGCACUACGGGCUUUUCCCCUCCAACAAGGCCCGCGGCGGCGGCGGGUACGGCGGCCUCGACGCGGCGGCCGUGGCGCGCGCGUUCGAGAUGCUCAGCAGAGCCGAGGUGGACGCCGGGGGCGGCAGCGGCACGCCGGCGACCGCGACGCCGUCGCCCAUGCUGGCGUGGAUCCUGGGCCGCAGCCCCGCCGGGGUCCGCCCGCUGCGCGUCACCGACUCGCCGUUCCCGGCCGUGGCGGGGGACGGGGACGGGUGCUGCGGCGAGCGCGUGGACGCCGACGCCGACGACUUCAUCCGCAAGUUCUACGAGCAGCUCAGGCUGCAGCCUACCGCCGCCACGCCGGACGCCCACCUGCGCCGCCGCGGUUAUUAGCUAUAGCUAGCUAGCGUCCUGGCGAGCCUUGCUUGUUCAUUCAGGCAUGCGCACACCUCAGCCGGCACGGCACUGCGUUGCUUCGGAAUCCGGCCGGGCGUCAGUGUGGUUUCGUCUUGUUCCGAUUGCUUGCUGCAACAUUCGAAUGUUCGUUUUGUUCCGUCACCCUGGAUCUGGCACAAGUGAUUCUUAAUUCUCUGGACAAGGAUACAGUUCAUAACCUGCCAAGAAAGCAGGAGAAUCAGUGAAUUAAUCCCCCGGUGCCA